AAUUGGAGGGGAAGAUAUAAGAGGGACAUUUAGUCCCUACACAUGUUUUGUUGCUGAUGUUGCUUCUUCUUAGACAGCCACACAAGAACAUUUCCAGCCAAAGUUUACAUUUUUACUGCACAAAAAGAAUGAAUAGAGCAAAGUUUUGACCUUUGGAAUAUCCAAGAAUCUUUUUUCAUAAUUUGGUUUUCCAAGGCUGGAGCUUUCUUAGGUUAUAUUGUGUCUGGAAGGAUUCUUAGUGAUUACCAUAAAUUUGGAUCAAGUACAGUACUAAUCUUAGGAAUUUGAAGACAGAUUGAGUGCAAAUGGAUGAAAGCGUUAUUCCUUCGAAUCCUUUGUUGACAAACCAAUCUGAUUAUCUCAUGGAUUUGGAUUAUAUGGAUGGAUUAUUGUUAGAGGGAUGUUGGUUGGAAACUACUGAUGGUAAUGAAUUCAUGCAAAAUAGUCCAGCCACUUUCAAUGCUCCAUUUGAUUCUUCAUUUAUGUGGCCUAAUACUAUAGAUACCAACAGUGUAGAUUUUAGUGAGAUCCCAUCAAAAGAUAAUCAACAAGAAAAGCAAAUUCAGCUUUUUGGUGAGAAUGUAAACAAUGCCAUGUGUACUUCAGGUCAAUCGGAAAAUCAUUUAGUUGAAGCUCCAGAGUUGAAUAGAAGGUGGUGGAUUGGACCAAAAGCUUCAUCUUCUGUAAUGGAUAGAUUGAUUUGGGCACUUGGACACAUAAGAGAUUGCUCUAGGGAUAAGGAUAUACUUCUUCAACUAUGGGUGCCGAUAAAUAGGGAUGGAAGGCGUGUGCUCAGCACAACUGAUCAACCUUUCUUACUUGACCUUAAUUGCCCGAGGCUUGCCAACUACCGUCAAGUCUCUGUAAACUAUCAGUUUCCUGCAAAUGAAGAUUCUAAGGAGAUUGUUGGAUUGCCAGGCCGAGUGUUUGCAGAUAAAGUUCCUGAGUGGUCGCCUGAUGUUAGAUUCUUCCGGAGCGAAGAGUAUCCGCGUGUUGAACAUGCUCAGCAGUAUGAUGUACGGGGCACCCUUGCUGUUCCUGUAUUUGAGCAAGGUAGUCGUAACUGCUUGGGUGUUAUUGAAGUUGUCAUGACCACACAGAAGAUCAAGUAUCGCCCGGAGCUUGAAAGUGUGUGCGAAGCUCUUGAGGCUGUUAAUCUCCGGACUUCCGAAGUUUCAACCACUCAGAAUGCCAAGGAAUGUGAUUUGAGCUACCAACCGGCAUUAUCUGAGAUUCUAGAGGUUCUGAAAUCUGCAUGCGAGACACAUGGAUUGCCAUUAGCUCAGACAUGGGUUCCGUGCGUUCAACAAGGCAAAGGAGGUUGCCGCCAUUCUGAGGAAAACCUUAUUCAUUGUGUUUCCACAGAGGAUUCUGCUUGCUAUGUAGCUGACCCCCAUGUUCGGAGUUUUCAUGAAGCUUGCUCUGAGCACCAUUUGCUCAAAGGGCAGGGUGUUGUUGGGAGAGCAUUCAUGACUAAUCAACCAUGCUUUUCAGCUGAUCUGACCUCUUAUAGCAAGACGGAGUAUCCACUUUCUCAUCAUGCACAAAUGUUUGGACUGCAAGCUGCAGUAGCUAUACGUCUGCGGAGUAUCUCAACUGGUUCAUGUGACUUUGUUUUGGAGUUCUUUCUACCCUCAGACUGCAGAAAUCCUGAAGAACAUAGAAGAAUGCUUACUUCAUUGUCCAUUAUCAUACAAAAUGUUUGCCGGACUUUGAGGGUUGUGACAGACAAAGAGUUGCAGGAAGAAGCUGUUUCUAUAGGCGAAGCGGCAAACCCCUCAUUUAUUAGAUCCAAUAAAGAACACACUGAAACUUCUCAAGAAAGGACAUCGUGGACCUCUUGUGACGCAGAGUUCCAGGAGAGUUCUACUGUUGUUUCUGCAUUCCAGGAUGAAAAACCAGAUGAAACGCUAAGGAAAGAACCUGUGGAGUUUAGGCACCAUAAUGAUUCUGGUUAUGGGAUGAAUUUUGCCUUAAAUGAAAACCGUUCUGCUUCUGGGAAGGGUGUCUCUCGUAAUGGUAAAAAGGGAGACAGGAGACGCACAAAGGCUGAGAAGACUAUUACCUUGGAAAUUCUUCAGCAAUAUUUUGCCGGUAGCUUAAAAGAUGCUGCGAAGAGCAUUGGGGUUUGUCCUACCACUCUGAAGAGGAUAUGCAGGCAGCAUGGAAUUAAACGCUGGCCUUCUCGAAAGAUCAAGAAGGUUGGUCACUCCUUACAAAAGAUCCAACGUGUUAUUGAUUCAGUUCAGGGUGCCUCUGGCUCUUUACAAAUUGAAUCCUUCUAUUCAAACUUCCCAGUGUUAGCAUCUCCAAAUGUAUCAAGAUUGAGCCCUUUUGCAGACUCAAUGUCAAAUGAACAUCAAAAGGCCUUGAACGCGCAACAAGAAGGAUGUGUUAUGAGCCCCCAUGCUGCUGCAUCUAGGUCACCCUCAUCUUCUUGCAGUCGAAGUUCCAGUUCAAGUCAAUGUUGUUCAUCUGGGACAAAGCCACAAUCUUCCCCUUUGAGUAUUGCUGGUAAUGACGAUCCAAUUGUCCAGGAAGAGUCUGUUGAUAACACAGUGAAAAGGGUUAAAAGUGAACCGGAGCUUCAUUUAUCAAGUGAAGCACUGAAGAUUUUACCAAGAUCGCAAAGCCAUGCAUGUGUUGCUGAGAAUCCUAAAUCAGAAAGCCUUCUAGUGAAGAAGGGUCCUUUGAGAUCUCAAGAAGAAGCUCCACGAGUAAAAGUAACACAUGGAGAAGAAAAGAUUAGGUUCCGGAUGCAAAACAGUUGGAGAUACAGUGAACUGUUGAGAGAAAUUACUAGGCGCUUUGGCAUAGAUGAUCCCAGUGGACUUCAACUCAAGUACAUGGAUGAUGACUCUGAGUGGGUUUUAUUAACAUGCGAUGCAGAUCUAGAAGAAUGUAUUGAUGUUUGCAUGUCUUCCCAAAACCAAAUGAUCAAGCUCAUUUUAGUUCGUGAUUCGCAGCAUCAUAUUGGAAGCUCUUUCGGUAGCAGCAGCCCCAUAUUAGUGCAGUAGAGAAGUGGUGUAGCUCUAGUUGCAAUUAGUUGCCAAAAUGGACAUAGUUUCCUCUUUUAGGAUUAGAUCUGAAAUGUUGAUUGCUACACAUAGUAGAUUCACUCUAUUUGAGUUUCAUGUAAGUCAAUCCUUUUGACUAUUACAAAUGUAUUAAGCCAUAAGGCAGUAAUUGUUUCAUUAUGCAUGGGAAGAAGGGCAUUCAGUUUAUUACAAAGGUUAUAUGUAAGAUCCUCCUCAAGUUGAACUCUAAUGAAGAGAUGAAAGGGUUUGAUUAA